UGAAACAACCCUUAAACGGGAUGGUUAAACUCGCAUAUGGUUUAUACGUUAGCGACCGCUUAUUUCUCACUUUUCCUGUUUAUCCCGGAUUUUCCUUGGGGAGGUUUAGUGUCAGUUUUAACGUCGGGGGUGUGUUGUUUUUACGUGAGGAGUUUAAGGUGGUGAUUGUGCCAGGGUAAGGCAGGAUGCAGGAGAACCACAAGUCGUUCAUGAUUAAGGAUUUGCUCGGGGAUGUGUUGACCAAUUCGGCUCGGGAUUUUGACUUGGACUCUGAACCGUCAUCUAUAGACGAGCAGCAUAUCACGAUAAACCAUGAGGCUUUAACAGGGGACGAAAGUCAGUUUCUUCCCAUCCAGAUUGGGGGAGAUAAUGUGGAUAUGGUGAAGUCGAGGAAGCCCAGAAGACGAAGAACUGCAUUCACGCAUGCCCAGUUGGCUUUUUUAGAAAGAAAGUUCAGGUGCCAAAAAUACUUAUCGGUGGCAGACCGAAGCGAUGUGGCAGACGCCCUAAACCUGAGCGAAACCCAAGUUAAAACCUGGUAUCAGAACCGAAGGACAAAAUGGAAAAGACAGAACCAACUGAGACUGGAACAGUUGCGUCAUCAGACGUCAGUGGAAAAAGAACUUUUGAACGUCCGGAAACCUACGGAUCAGCAAAUCUGUUGCCCUCCGGUACGUUAUGGAGCACAAAGUCCUUGCAGUUUUCUCAGUUCUGCUGCUGCCGCUAUUUUUCAUAACGUCACUUACGUCCACGGAUGCCCUUUAUAAUAAAUGGGAAUCAAAAAUCUUUAUUUGUUUUUUUUAUGUUUAGUAGCAAGUACCAAUUAUUAGCUUUAGAUAAUUUUAUAUGUAUUAGGUUGUUUCAGUGCUCGUUUGUUAAUUUUAUUGUUAUUUUGUUAAGGAAAUUGUAUAUAUUAAGAUAGAAUUGUAUAUAAAUUCAAUGAUAUUUAAUAAAAUAAUUAUUUUAGUUGGGUUUUAA